AUGACGAGAGGGAAUCAGAGAGACAAGGCCCGUGAAAAGGCCGCCGCGAAGCUAGCAGGACUGAAAUCAGGCAACUCAAAGUCCGGCUCAGAAAUGCAACGCGAUAAAGAAAAUGUCGCUGCGAAAAUGCGAGAGAAGCAGGCGGCUGUUUUUGUCUCAGCCGACGCAAGGAAAGCCGCUGAAGGCGUAGGUGGUGGGAAGAAAUAA